CGACGGCAUGAGCGCUCAACAACGUUUGUUGUUUGAUCUAUUCUCGUCUACGCCAGUGAUUAUGCCUGGACGGAAUCGCUUUGAAGAUCGUGUUGCUGCCCUCCUGAAAGACCUUCCGAGACUGACAGAAGCUGAGGUGGUUGCCGCUGGGGAACGAGAUGGAUCAUGCUCAGUCUGUUACGUCCCAUACCUUGCCAUUCUCGCGGAAGAAGAGACAGCUUCCGCCAUGGACACACCCGCCCAACCGCUCGAACAUCACGGCCUCACCAAAUUGUCCAAACCCUGGCAAUGUGGGCACAUCUUUUGCCGUAAAGACAUAACAAAAUGGAUCAAAGACAGGAACGAUUCCUGUCCAAUGUGCCGAAAGAGUCUCCUAGACCCUAAUGUUCAGGAAGAAGCACCUUCCCUCCAACUCUUCGGAGGUUCACCGGAACUCGCAGCCUUCUACAGACAACAAGGAUUCAACGUGGACGAGCGCCCCGUGGACGGAUCGUCUCGUGGACCGACCAGCUCAUUUAACGGAUUCGCAUGAAUCAUUCCAAUGGAUCUGAAUAUGGAUUACGGACGCUAUGUCAAUGUCAACGAAAGGAAAGAGUAUUAGGCAGCUCUCGCUGAAAGUCCGAAGGAUGAGGUUGUCGUAGUCGUAACUAAACGGAGCGUAUGUAGCAGAGGAGAUAUAUCUAAGAUGUCACAAAGGGAACUCAUGGAUGCGAGAGAGAGAGAGACAGCAAUG